AUGCUGUCUAGUGUCCUGAGGCCGUCGACCUGUGUCGCCAGGACGGCUUGGCGAGCGUUCACCUCACAACCUGUCGAUGGGUUCACCGGCGCGGUCGGAAACACGCCCCUCAUCAGGCUGAAGCAAUUGUCUGAACGGACCGGCUGCACGAUCCUCGGCAAGGCCGAAUUCCAGAACCCGGGCGGUAGCGUGAAGGACCGCGCCGCGCUGGGGGUCAUCAAGGCGGCGGAGGAGUCAGGUCGGCUUCAGCCAGGAGGAACGGUUGUUGAGGGUACGGCUGGCAACACCGGCAUCGGCCUCGCUCACGUCUGCCGCGCAAAGGGCUACAAAUGCGUCAUCUACAUGCCCGACACACAGAGCAGAGAGAAGAUCGAGCUGCUGAAGAUGCUCGGCGCCGACGUCCGGCCCGUACCCGCCGUCGCGUACGACAACCCGAAGAACUACAACCACCAGGCGCGCGACUUCGCUGCGGGAACGCCGAACGCGGUCUGGACGGACCAAUUCGACAACGUCGCGAACGCGCGCGCGCAUUACGAGAGCACCGGCCCGGAGCUCUGGGCGCAGACGGACGGCAAGCUCGACGGCUUCGUGUGCGCAACGGGCACCGGUGGCACGCUCGCCGGCGCGGGGCGGUAUCUGAAGGAGGCGAGCAAGGGCAAGACGCAGGUGUGGCUCGCGGACCCACCCGGUAGCGUGUUGUAUAGCUACGUGACGAGCGGCGGGAAGCUGAACGAGCGCAGCGGAAGUUCUAUCACGGAAGGCAUCGGCCAGGGCCGCAUCACCAACAACCUAGGAACGCUAGUCAAGGACCUCGACGGUGCACUUCAUAUUCCGGAUGAGCAAACGAUCGCCAUGAUCUACGAACUUCUGGACACAGCGGGGCUAUACCUCGGCGCGUCGUCCGCUCUGAACGUCGUGGCUGCCGUGGAACUCGCGCAAAAGCUCGGCAAGGGGUCGACCGUUGCCACCAUUCUCUGCGACGGUGCAUACCGGUAUCAAAGCCGGUUGUUCUCCAAGACGUGGCUAAAAGCCAAGGGCCUCGAGGCUGCCAUACCGGAACACUUGAGAAAGUACGCUGUGCUGGAUUGA